AUGGACCAGGGAAGGCUCAGGCAACGGGGUGCAGUUCUAUGUCAUUGCCUCUUCUAUGUCAUUGCCUCUGGCUCCUCUAGCGCCGAGGCGGCCCGCGCGGCUGAGAUUCUGCCUCUCCUUGCCGAGCCACUGGACGUUGGGCGCGGCCGCAGCACCUCUCAGCACCCCUCGCCGCGUGCUGCCAGGCGUCGCUCCCAGGAGGCCCUCACGCCACCGGUGUCGCCGCCGCUGUCGCCUACCUCCGUCCUGCCUCCGUCGCCAAGAUCAAAGAGGAAUGAAGCCCGGUCAGCCAUGCCCCUGCCUGAUGGGCCGAGCUCGGCGCUGCUCCAGCUUUGUGAGCCCCCCAUGCUCCUGCUGCCGGUGCUGUCCCCCUCCAGGCCCCCUGGUUUCGAGGCCUCCCCAACGCCUCCCCUGCCGUCCAGCGGGCCGGUGCGUCGUACUCCCUCUCCUGUGCGGCGCCGCCGGGCUGACGCUUCCGGUGCGGUUGGCCUCCAGUGCCUAGCGCCGCUUUUCGGGGAGCGGCAGGCCGCCAUUCUGCCCGUCCCCACCCCGGCUGCAACGCCUCCGCGAGCUCCAGCGGCGCCUCGGAAGACCUUGGCAGGAGUCACCAUCUCUGAGGUUGGCGGUGCACUCUCACUGCACAAGACGCGGGUGACGGCUCGUCCGAAGGCCACGCCCGUGGCUCGUGCGGCUGAAAUCCUGGUCUGCUGUUCUCUGGGCAUCGUCAAAGAUGGCGAGGACGUGACUGCGGCUGCCCUAGACGCCUUCGCGGACCGCUUCAAGGAGCAGCUUUCGCCGGAGGUGCUCACAGCCAUGAGGGGCCUAUUCAAGCUCGACGACACUGAUGCUGCUGCUGUGGAAGAGGCGCUCCUGACGCAUGGAGGUGGAGCCGCGCUGGACCUAGAGAGGAUUGACGAGGAGGCUGUGCUACAGCAGGCAGCAACUUGA